AUCUUCAUCGGUCUUCGUUCUCAGCAUCAGAAUCUUCGGUCGGGUUAUUGAGCUUGUCGAAGUUAGCCAGAGAACUGCUUCGGGUGUCCAUUCUCUCUCGAGAGGAAACACAGCGAACCAAUAAAUGCAGAGUGCUUCAACUCCAAACCAGGUUGAUGACAAGUGUAUGGUGCAGUUCAGGCGCCUGCAUCGGUUUCUGUGAUGCAUGCUCAUGCACAAUAAAUGGGAGUGGAGAUGGCAGCGCAAGGUGACAUGCCUUUGGCCUUGGAAUCAUCCCUGCUUUGGUGAGAUGGAAAUGGAGGAGUCUAGCGAAGAUGGCCGCGUUAGAACAGGGACUGUGUGGACUGCUACAGCUCAUGUAAUUACAGCAAUUGUGGGAUCUGGUGUGCUGACUUUGCCUUGGAGUGUUGCCCAGCUGGGCUGGAUUCUGGGUCCUGUUGUCCUAGUUUUCUUUGCAUUCAUCACUUAUUUCACUGCCACUCUCCUGUCGGACUGUUACCGGCUUCCUGAUCCUAUGAAAGGAAGGCGAAACCACACUUACAUGGAUGCUAUAAGAGCAUGUCUAGGUCGAAAGGAUGUAUUAAUAUGUGGAAUCACACAAUACAGCAUACUCUGGGGAACCAUGGUUGGAUAUACAAUCACUUCUGUUAUGAGUAUGAUGGCCAUUGAUCUAUCAAUGUGCUUCCGCAACAAAGGUCCCAAUGCUUCAUGUGAGGUCUCUGGAACAUUGUAUGUUGUGAUCUUUGGGGCAAUGGAAGUAUUGCUAUCUCAAUUCUCCAGCUUGGAGAAAGUCACAGUGCUUUCUUACGUUGCUGCAGCAAUGUCUUUUGCUUACUCCUCCAUUGGAUUGUGUUUGUGUCUGUUGGAAUUCUCUUCUCACCCGAAGUCUAAAGGGACUCUAACCGGGGUUCAGGUAGGAAUCAGAAAUGUUUCCUCCACCACCAAGAUCUGGGAUUCUUUCCAAGCACUUGGGAAUGUAGCUUUUGCUUACACCUUUUCAAUGCUUCUGAUUGAGAUCCAGGAUACACUAAAAUCUCCCCCUUCGGAGAACGGUACAAUGAAGAAAGCAAGUAUAUAUGGCAUUGGUUCGACGACAUUGUUCUACAUAUCUCUUGGGUGUCUCGGUUAUGCUACCUUUGGAAAUGACACCCCUGGAAACAUUCUAACCGGGUUUCGGAAACCAAUUUGGCUCGUCGACAUUGCAAACCUUGCUGUCCUCAUACAUCUUUUUGGAGCAUAUCAGCUAUUUGCACAACCAAUCUUUGCCUUCUAUGAACAGUGGUCAGCCAAGAAAUGGCUCAAUGCAGGCUUCUUUCAAAGGGUCUACACGCUAAACUUGCCAUUCUCCAAAUCAAGAAGCAUAAAGUUCACACUCUGCAAGCUCAUCCUACGAACACUCUUCGUGCUCAUCACAACAGUGGUGGCGAUGAUGCUGCCAUUCUUCAAUGCAGUUGUUGGCUUGCUUGGUGCCCUGGGUUUCUGGCCAUUGACGGUAUACUAUCCUAUGUCUAUGUACAUGAACCAAGCAAAGAUCAAGAGGAGGCAAUUCAAGUGGGUUAUGUUGCAGGUUUUGAGCUUAGUCUGUCUGUUUGUCUCGCUUCUCGCAGUCAUUGGAUCGGUUGCAGACAUCAUAGAACAUCUCAAGCAUGCUGAACUUUUCAAGAUCAAACUCUAGUUCGAUCAGAGAGUUUCAUGAAGGCUAUGGAUGGCAUAAUGGUGGGGUGUAUGGUUCAUGGUUGGGUGUCGUCUUAGCAAGUAUGCACAAGAUGUGCAGUUACUGUCUUCCCAGUUGGUAAGAGUAAUGUAAUGCAACUUCUUCAAAUUGUUAGUGUAGCUGCACAAUCUACUGACUGUAAGUGUGGAAGCAUAAUAGAGUUUUCUGGUGUGAAAUCUUGGUUUACCACCUUUUAUUGA